ACCGAUCAUGGAUAACUCUCAAUACUCGACGAUUAUGCCCAUACGGACCGCACCUCCGAGGACAGCAAACUCGUAUUCUUCAACUUCUUUGGCAUUACAAAUGAAUUCUUCUACAGCCGCUGAAACUUUCCAAGCAAUUUACCCUUCGCAACAUCAAUCAAUUUAUUAUGUGUCUUCCAUAGGAACAAAGUAG